AUGCAGCUCCACACCUCCACACACUGCAAGGCUUCCAGCUUCAUCCUCAAUGAAAGAGCAUGCGUCUUGUCUUCCAAAAUGGACAUCUACCGUGAACAGAGUAUCUGUCAGGCGCGGGCCGCUGUCAUGGUGUAUGACGAUGCCAAUAAGAAAUGGGUUCCAGCCGGCGGCUCCACGGGCUUCAGCAGAGUGCACAUAUACCACCACACGGGCAACAACGCCUUCCGGGUGGUGGGACGCAAAAUACAGGACCAUCAGGUGGUAAUAAACUGUGCCAUUCCCAAAGGGCUCAAGUACAACCAGGCCACACAGACCUUCCACCAGUGGCGCGAUGCCAGGCAGGUCUACGGACUCAACUUUGGCAGCAAAGAGGAUGCCAACGUAUUCGCCAGUGCCAUGAUGCAUGCCCUGGAGGUGCUCAACUCUCAGGACACAGGUGCAGGCCCCACGUUGCCAAGACAGAGCCCCCAGAGCCCCCAGACCCAGGUUCAGAAUGGACCAUCGCCAGAGGACCUGGAGAUGCAGAGAAGGCAGCUGCUGGAGCUGCAGCGGCUGAAGGAGGUGGAGCGGGAGCGACUGGAGAGGGAACGGCUGGAGCGUGAGAUGCAGGAGAGGGAGCGUGAACGUGAACGCCAGGACCGGGAGCGCCAGGAGCGAGAGCGGGAUCGCUCCGAGAGAGAGCGCUCUGAGAGGGAGCGCACUGAACGGGAUCGCCUGGAGCGCGAGCGUCAGGAGAAGGAGAGAGAGCAGCUGGAGAGAGAGAAGGCGGAGAGAGAGAGGGAGCUGAUGGAGAGAGAGAAGCAGGAGAGGGAGAGGAUGGAGAGAGAGAAGGCGGAGAGGGAGAGGGAGCUGAUGGAGAGAGAGAAGCAGGAGAGGGAGAGGAUGGAGAGAGAGACGCGGCAGGAGCAGCAGUUGGACAGCGAGCAGUUGGACUGGGAGAGAGGGAGACACAUCUCCAACGCCACAUUUGAAAGUACCCUCUACACCCCUCCGCCUCCAGAGUACUCCUCCAAGACCUCCUCUACGUCUGUGUCUCCCACCACCCCCAACUACCCUCCACCCACCCCAUCACCCUCCUCUGCAACACCCCCCACCCCGCCUCUACGACACUCUGCCUCCCGAUUCGCCACUUCACUCGGCUCCGCCUUCCAUCCGGUCCUGCCCCACUACGCCACAGUCCCCAGGCGACAGCCUGUCCCUCCCACGCCCCCUGCCCCAGCCCCAGCAACCCCCUCCAAGUCAGUGGUGUGGUCAGCAACCAACUUCAGCCCCCUGCCUCCCUCGCCCCUCAUGAUCAGUAGCCCGCCGGGCAAGGCCACUGGCCCACGCCCCGUCAUCGCCAUCCCGGCCCCCAGCCCCUUGUCACAGAAACACCCCUCUCCCUCCCCCAACGGGCCCCCAUGUUCCCCGCUCCUUCACCUGUCACCAUCGGCAAGCAGCAACCCCACCCCGCCUCCUCCGACCCCACCUCCCCCUCCACCGCUGCCCCCUCUCUCCCUGUCCCUGUCGUCGUCCUGCCAGCAGUCGCCUGUCGUCUCCCACAUCGCUCCCCUUGUGUCCUCUCCCUCAUCCCAGCCUGCUAUUGUCCCUUCUCCUUCCACAGCUCCCCCUGCAUCUGCUGACCUCUCUGUAAACCUCUCUGUGCUGGGAGACUCCUGCUCCGUGGCUCCAGAGGCCUCUCAGCCUGCAGACCCUCUGGCCCAGCAGGACGCAGCGUUGACUCUUGUGCUACCCACCCCUCCUCCCCCCCCCCCCCUCCGUUCCACUGUGACCCCCACGGCCGUUGCCCCACCAGGCCCUCCUCCCCCUCCCCUGCCCCCCACACUCACUCCUACCAGCGGCGGGCCUCCUUCCCCACCUGAACCGCCACCUCUCCCCGGUGGCCAGGCCCACCCUCCCCCUCCCCCAGCCCCUCCCCUGCCACCUGGUCUCUUCUCCCCGUCCGAGGACCGCCCCCUGUCCGGGCUGGCUGCUGCCCUCGCUGGAGCAAAGCUGCGUAAAGUGCCAAGGAGUGAUAGUGGUGGUGAUGCCGCAGCUGCUCUGGCUGUAGCUAUGGCUGGGGGUUUGGCUGGCUCUGCAGGGGCCAAACCUGGAGGGAACGGCCCUCUGGGUGGAGCACCUGGAGGAGGGGGGCUGAUGGAGGAGAUGAGCGCCCUGCUGGCCAGGAGGAGAAGAAUUGCAGAGAAGGGAUCAUCCCCUGAGCCAGAGCAGCGAGCUGAUGAGAGCGGAGAGGGCAACACAACUCCCAAAGUGUCAGCCUGUAGUACACCUGACAUGCCCAGAAAACCUUGGGAGAGGACUAACACUAUGAAUGGUAGCAAAUCCCCGGUCAUUGGAAGACCGAAGUCCACAACCACACCGACUGGAUCCCUAAGUGCCAACGGGGUGCCAACAGAAGGUCUCGACUACGACAGAUUGAAACAGGACAUUCUGGACGAGAUGAGGAAGGAGUUGUCGAAGCUGAAAGAGGAACUUAUUGAUGCCAUCAGGGAGGAGCUGGGAAAGUCGAACACGGCAUAGAAGGAUCUCACCUGCCUGUGCAUUACAUCCAUUACCGGACAUCUGCGACAGGUCAACUUCAGAUAGGACAAUCUUAUAAAGAACCGAAAAAGGAAAACAAAAAAAGUCUAAAAGGGUAGCGACGAUAACAAUAAUAACCGUAUUAAUACAGAAGACAGUGUUUUGUCGGCAGAACAGCGUCACACACAGCUGGGGACGAGGGAGAGCGGGAGGCCGAGGGAGAGCGGGAGGCGUGUAGCAUGGGAAGCACUGCUGGCAUCCAUCUUGUGAAGCCUGGCCGUUCCUGCCAUUUUCCCGCAGCCUCACCUGGAGGACAGGACACAGUCUUAAAAGAGGAGUGACUGUCAUUAUGCAAAGAUUUCUCCCUUUGUCGAUAACACAAGAAAACAAGGAAAAUCAACAAAUAAAAAACUAACUAAUAUUGAACUGUAUACUGUACUAACCAUUGAAGUGUGAGAAAUCAAACAGACAGCAUUUACACUAAGAAUUGGAACAGUUAGCGUGCAAUUGUGAUUUCAUAGUGAAAAGACACAUUUAGUGGGUGAGUGUGAAGUUUGGAGGCAGGAGGAUAAGGGAAGUAGGACUCAGUUCCCCAUAGGGCCAUAGGAGGGAGCCUCUGGGUGUGAAUGAAGGACUGACUGAUGGACUUGGUAUAGUCUACUGCUGCAGGACUCUGUAAAGCUAGUCUUCCUCAAAUACUAUUUUAACCUGAAUAUGUACAAAUGAAGAAAAAACGAUAUCUAGAAGUCUUUCAAUCAUGUCUGUUUUAAUGUAAACUAUGGCCAUAUCAAGUAGCUUAAUCAACUCUUUACAUGAUGGUCUGUCUCUUGGUCUGUUUGGCUUAGUAUCCGAAUAUCAUGAUCUUCUUUUUUCUAUAACGAGCUACUGUUCUGCAUUUCUGUGUGUUGCAGGCUGAUGAGACAGUCACAAAGGGUAUGCCUUUCGAAAUGUAGCUCUUUACCAAACAACCUCUGUCAAUUAGUGAUGGUUAAUAAUGCUAAAAUCACCAUGACCAGAUCUGGAGAUGGAGCUAUUUGAAAUCUCUGUACUGUUAUUAUGAGCUGAACUUUUUUCUCUCUCUCCCUCGCAAUUUCUGGAUGAUUUUUGGUGCAUGUAAGGUUUUGUACGGUGAGGGUCGUGAGGCUGCCACGAAAUUGAACUAUUGUCCAUUGGUUUAUAAGCAAUAUGUGUAGCAUCUGGGUUGAAUUUCCCCCACAUUAUUCCUUUUAAAUGUUUGUGUUCUUUUAACUCCAUUCUGAACACCUGUUAAGGAUGUGACUGUGUGACAGUAUCUCCUCCUUUCCACUAUAUCCACCUCCUCCAUAGAUUCUAACUGUGUGAAACAGAUGGGUUGAGAAGAGAU